UGGGUCGGAGCCGCCGUAACCACGGUCUGGCACGUUCCUUGCUAUCUGAACAUUGUAAAAUUGGGCCCAUUCUUUACCCCCCGAAGUCAAGUAACCUCCUCACCUUCCUGCAUAUCCUUGAACAUUUUCCCCUUUAACAUUAAAUCAAAAUACCCACCAGAUAACUCAAAAGAUGGCGGUGGUAAGCGGGAUGUCGGGGUCGGCUAUAGCCCGGCUGGAGGGCCGAGAAUUCGAGUAUUUGAUGAAGAAAAGGUCGGUGACCAUUGGCCGGAACUCCUCGCAGGGCUCCGUGGACGUCAGCAUGGGACAUUCCAGCUUCAUUUCCAGGAGGCACCUCGAGAUUUUUACAGCGAGCGAAGAUGGUACAGGCACGGGGGAAUUCUAUCUCCGAUGCCUGGGAAAAAAUGGGGUGUUUGUGGAUGGGGUGUUCCAGAGAAGGGGGGCUCCACCUCUGCAGCUUCCACGAAUAUGUUGCUUCCGAUUCCCCAGCACAAGCAUAAAAAUCACAUUCACUGCACUUUUAAACGACAAAAAGGAGCAGAGGAACGCGCCCGAAAUGCCGAUAAAGUCCGUACAACCCCAAAUUUCCCCUCUUACCAUCAACAUUCCGGACAAUAUUGCCCACCUUAUGAGCCCACUGCCUUCACCUACAGGCACCAUAAGUGCUGCAAACUCCUGCCCAUCCAGUCCAAGAGGGGCAGGACUGUCCAGUUAUAGAAGUGGCCGGGUUCUGGCCUCGGACCUUAUAGCGGAUAACUCUCACUCAGAAAAUGACAAGGAAGCAUCAGGUGAAGACAGCCCAAAGGAUGAUUCCAAACCUCCGUACUCGUACGCACAACUGAUUGUCCAAGCCAUCACCAUGGCCCCAGAUAAACAACUGACACUGAAUGGAAUAUACACCCACAUCACAAAGAAUUACCCUUACUACAGAACAGCUGAUAAAGGCUGGCAGAACUCCAUCCGCCACAACCUGUCCCUGAACCGGUACUUCAUCAAGGUAGCGCGCUCUCAGGAGGAACCCGGGAAAGGAUCGUUCUGGAGGAUCGACCCGGCUUCCGAAGGCAAACUCAUCGAACAAGCCUUUAGGAAACGCAGGCCUAGGGGGGUGCCUUGUUUCAGGACCCCAGUAGGACCACUGUCUUCGAGGAGUGCUCCCGCUUCUCCCAAUCACACAGGGGCACUGUCGGCUCAUUCUAGUGGCGUACAGACCCCAGAUAGCCUCUCAAGAGAGGGGUCCCCAGUGCCCAUGGAACACGAGCAAACCCCGCCACCAGCCCCGACCCCAACUGCCACCGUCCAGUCCAAACUUGCUGUCAUUCAAGAGGCUCGCUUUGCACAGAACUCCUCUGGUUCUCCACUCGGCAACCAGCCCGUAUUGAUUGCGGUGCAACGCCAGGUGCCUCAGACGACCGUCAAGCCUGUGACCUACACCGUGGCCACGCCGGCCAUAGUGACGACAACAGUUAGCCCGGCGCCCGUCAUGCAGGCGGUGCAGGUCGUCCACCAGAUUUCCGCCGUCACCAUGACGACCGUCGGCACGCAGCCCGCUGCUACGCUCAAGCCGGACUCUCAGGAGAAUGGAGGGGGAGAGCAUCAAGAGAUCAAAGUUAAAGUAGAGCCGCUCCCAUCCAUCACGAGCUCGUCUAUAGGGGGAGUCGGUCGCAUCAUCCAGAGCUCUCAGGCCGCUCCGCUGACUACUGUAACCAUCAUGCAACAGGCUCCGCUCGGUCAGCACCAGCUUCCCAUUAAGGCUAUCACACAGAAUGGGACUCACUUGGUCCCCAUUAGUUCUACUGGAACAGCAGUAGCAAACCCUCUCCACCUUCUGGCCACCCACGCUUCAGCCUCUGCGUCCCUGCCCACUAAAAGACAGAACGGGGAUCUUCAGGAGGCCCCCGCGUCCAAGCGGGGAAAGACGCAGGAUGGCGACGACGACGAGGCGGCGGCUGUGGCUGCGAACGGCAGCAACAGCAACGGUUCCGCCAGUGCCGAUAGCGCCGGAGAAGCGGAGGUUAGAGAAGCGGUGAGCAACCAGUAGCCCCUCCUUCCCAACCAUAUGCAUCCUUGAGCCUCACGCCGUCCACACUUUGACCUCUUCACCUUUACUGGUUCGGCAAAGUGCCAAAAAAAAAAGAUUACAAAAAAGAGAAUGUUCCAAUGUCGCGGAAUUAAAAAUCCCAGCAUUGUUUCAUUGCGGAACUCAAAUUCCAGACUCAUUAGGGACGAAACCAAUAACCUCCAGUCAUCAUUCUCAGCACUUACGUGUGUGGCGCCAUCAAAUAUCGCCCACCAAGGGAAGCGCGCGUACGUGUGGACGUUCCCAUCUUCGGCAGCUAGCUUCCCUCGACCCAGUUGUGAGUAGAUCUAUAUGCAGUAUUCCAUUGUGCAAAUGUGUCUUUGGAGCUCGUCAUUUCUCCAAGGAUGAAUUCAGAUUGAAAAACUAUAAACGGGGUCUUCAUGAACAUUUAAUAUAUCAACUGAUAUUUUGAUUUUUGUUUGUUUUUGUAUGUGAACUUUGUUCAGUGAAAUGAAUGUAGUCUUUUUUGUUUGUUUUUAAAGAAAACACUAAUAGAGUGGAUUCUCUACUGCUCAUUCAUGGAAAUGAAUUUUGUUUUUCCACCACUGUACAUGGACAGACCUUUUUUCAUAUUUUACAAAUGUCCAAUGAGAUGAUUAAAAUAAUGAUAUUCCCGUGCGUAUUUGACCAUAUUGCAUGUUAACAGAUCUAGAGAUAUAUUGUACUGAUUAUCUGAAUAUGGAACUGAAGAACGUUUAGACUGAAUCUAUGCUUAUCGAUUCCGCAGUGCUGCACUUACCCCUAUUUUUAGUUGUGUAUUUCUCUUGCGUUCGAUUGAUCGUUUUUUUUGUUUUGUUUUUUUUAAUCUUUUUUGUGUUGAGGUUGUGGCAAGUCUCCUUUGUUUUCCUAAUGCUGUUCUGUUAACUAAACGUGUCGAAUCAUUUUGUAUUCUCUGUUACACGAGGAAAGAAGUGAUAGGUGUUUUGUUUUGCUUCAGUGGGUAAAUGCUUUUUAUAUAUAAAUAUAUAUAUAUAUAUAUAUAUAAGAAUUUAUUUAAAACACUGUCUCCUGCGUUUAUUUCUUUGAGUUAAAAAAAAAAAAAAAACUUCAUUCACAAUUAGAGUUGUGACAAACUAUCGAAACUGUGAUAUAACGUAUUGGCCCGAAUAUAAGAUGGUGUUUUUUGCAUUGAAAUAAGACUGAAAAAGUGGGAGUCGUCUUAUAUUCGGGGUCUAGACAUUAUGCCCAUUCCUGACGCUAGAUGGCGCCAGAUAUCAAUUAAGCGAAUGCUGAACUUGAGGAGUAAUGUUCUGUAAUGACUAGGGCUGUCAAAAUUAUCGUGUUAACGGACGUUAAUUAUUUUUUAAUUAAUCAUGUUAAAAUAUUUGACGCAAUUAACGCAUGCACUGAAUGACCAGCUCGCACAUUGCCUUCAACAGAUUACAAUGAGGCCGUUUAUGGACAUUAAGAGUGAAGAGAAUGCCACCGGCCGCUUGGGGGCAGCGCCGUUCCAUACUAAUGUUAUUUCUUCUAAAUGUGGGAGAAUUAGUAGUUGUGAGAUGUUUAUGCUGUAUGCACAAUGCAAUGCAAAUUGCUAUUUGUGCUCCCCACAUAUUUCGGUACGUUUUCUUUCUUUUAGUGGCAAUUAUGUCUCUCUUGUUGUAUUUUGGGUAAGAUAUGUACAGAGAUAUAUAUAUUAUAAAGGCGAGUGGACACAGGCGUUCUUUGGACCGCGCCGUUUAUUGGCAUAAGCUUCUCCUUCACAACAAACAUAAGUAUCGUUUAGUGAAAGCACAACAAAAAUAAUAUUCCUAUCCCUCUCAAAAAAAAUAAUGUUCACAAAAAGAAAAGCACUUCAGUCUAUAGUAAUGAGACCCUAUUCUCACAGUUAAACAACAAUGCAAAAUGAACUGGCAUUCCAUAUCAAAAUAGCUAUGCAAAAUGCACGUAAAACUUACUCAGACUUUGGUCACUCUGUUCUUAUUAUUGUUAUUUUUAUUCUUAUUACAUUAACUCUACUUUUGAUUGAAAAUUUUACAAAUUUUAUUAAAACGAAAACAUGAAGAGGGGUUUUAAUAUAAAAUUACUACAACUUGUAACUAUAACAUUUAUCGUUUUAAGAACUACAAGUCUUUCUAUCCUUGGGUCACUUUAACAGAAAGAAUGUUAAUGCCAUUUGUGGAUUUAUUGUUACAAUAAACAAAUACAGUACUUAUGUACAGUAUGUUGUAUGUAUAUAUCCGCCUUGUCUUUCCAUUCCAACAAUAAUUUACAGAAAAAUAUGGCAUAUUUUAUAGAUAGUUUGAAUUGCGAUUAAUUAAUUUUUAAGCUGUAAUUAACUCGAUUAAAAAAUUUUAAUCGUUUGACACCCCUAGUAAUGACAGAUCUCAGCUUCUCUCAAGUUUAACCAGUUGGCAUUAUUUUAUUGCAAUGUUUGUUUCAGAUGUACUGUAUUUUCUGUAUAAAAAUAAUUUGGUGUUCAAAAAGUCUUUUUUUUCAAACUUGAUUCUUGAAAAAGGGGGGGUCGUCUUAUAAUCAGGGCUGUCUUAUAUUCGGGCCAAUACAGUACUUUGUAUUCCAAAAGGUUGUUUAUAUUCUCCUAUAUCAUUUUUCCUGUUUAUUUUAGGGCAUUUGCAGGUCACUUCCGAUUAAAUUUGAGUCGCUGCCUACUCUUUCCCGGGUCACUUCCUGUUCUGUGACCCAGAAAUGCCUCCAAAUCAACAGGAAGUGACUGAAAAUCAGCAGCAAAUGGUGUGAAAUGCGCCAAAAUUCAACUCCUUGGUUUUCAUU